GUCUGACGUCUCGGUGCUGUGCAUGUGGGUCCGAUCUCUGCCAAAACCUGACAGAACGAUCUGGCCAGACUUGGACCCAGCCAGUGCCCAGCCUCCGUCCAGGUCAGUGACCGUUUUGUUUUAUCUUUUUUCCUGUCUGCCCGGCUCCGUGCACUAACCACGCAUCGGAAUAUGGAGUUUCUCUGCCCGAGUUUACCAGAGGAUAUCCGCGGGGACCUCCAAAGACUAGCCAAGAAAUAUGCGGAAGCGCCCAGCCUGGAUGCCCGUCUCCACCUGUUGAAGCUCGCCAUCGAGAUUCUGGAGGACGAGUUUUGGUGGCGUGUGUACCCCGGAGUGCAGGCACUCUUCGACAGACUCCAAUUAAUGCGGAGGGAUCUGGCACUCGCCCUGCGCGCAUCAUCUGUCCGUGUCUCCGCAGCUGCUCAUGCCGCCGUUUCAUCGCUUCACGUUCCCGUUCCUGUCUCCGCCCCAGCGGUUCACGUUCCUGUUCCUGUCGCUGUUUCAUCGGCUCCAGCCCAAGCCUCAGAUGCUGCCAUUUCUGCCCACCACGCGGACCCAGUCAGGGAAACCCAGCCCGCGCCGCUCCCAGCGCCUCAGCCGACAGCCAGUCGUAGGCGCUCCGGACGACGCUGGCGGGGGCACGGGUCCAGGGUCCUAGGUCCAGAGACCGCGGUUACGGUCUCCGAUCGACUCCCCCUCUCCGUCCCGCUGGCCAACUGUCUCACGGCAAUAGCAGGCAUCCCAGACAGCGCUGUCCAGCGGAUCCACCUCCACUGCUGUCCCCCGGUUGCGUUCCUCUCCGCCCACCUGAUGAACACCGCUGAUUCGGCAGCAGACCAGGGCACAAGGGAACAACUGUUUGAGGAGGCAGCCGCUCUCAUCCUGAGGGAACCUGCCCUGCGUGAGGCCCUGCAACUCCAUGGCCUGCAGCCACACCAGUUCCUGCGUCUCAGUCAGAGAAUAUAAACAGAAGAUCCUUUAAAGAAAGCAUGAAACCAGGAUGGCAUUACUUUGGCAGAAAGAUGGAUGUGUCAGACUUCGAAUGGAUAAUGUGGUUCAAUACAUUUCGAAAUCAUAUCCUUUUUUCUCUCGCCGGUCACGUGAUCUUUGCCAAGAUAUUCACCUUGAUAACUCCAAAGCAUAGAUCCUCGAUUUUUGGCAUGUAUGGUGGUUUGGCAGUCUUAGUCACCAUGGGCUGGACCUUCAUGGCUCUAGUUUUGUCACACUGCAUCAUCCUCUACAGUGUUGCCAUGGUCAAGAGGAAAUGGAUGUGUUUUGUAGCAGGUCUGAUCACUCUGGCCUCCAUCAAGCUGGAGCCCUAUAACUCAUGGCAGGAAGCCUUGGUAACUGGCUCCUUUGACCUCCAGGACGUUCUGUUUUAUGGAGGUUGUGGCUUCAGCAUUAUGCGCUGUAUGAGCUUUGCUUUAGAAAACUGUGAAAAGAAGGAUGGCAACUUCACACUCUCUGACCUGUUGAAAUACAACUUCUACCUCCCUUUCUUCUUCUUUGGGCCUGUCAUGACCUUCGACAGGUAUCAUGUGCAGGCAAACAACAUGCAGUUGACACGCAAAGACAGGGAGAUGUGGAACAUCACUACCAAGGCCUUGUUGCACCUAGGAGUUAUUCUAGUGGUUGAUAUAUUUUUUCACUAUCUUUACAUCUUGACAAUCCCCAGUGACAUGAAGCUGGUGACCAAACUUUCUGAUUGGUGUCUGGCUGGCCUGGCGUAUUCCAACCUUGUUUAUGACUGGGUGAAAGCAGCUGUUAUGUUUGGUGUGGUCAAUACUGUGGCUACGUUGGACCAUCUCGAUCCUCCUCAGCCCCCCAAGUGUAUCACCAUGCUCUAUGUAUUUGCUGAAACGCACUUUGACAGAGGCAUCAAUGACUGGCUGUGCAAGUAUGUUUAUGAUUAUAUUGGUGGGAAUCAUGAUAAAAUCUUCAAGGAGCUUCUGGCAACUUUUUGCACCUUCGCUAUCACAACCUUGUGGCUGGGCCCUUGUGAACUGGUAUAUAUUUGGUCCUUUUUCAAUUGCUUUGGCCUCAACUUCGAGUUGUGGGUGGCCAAGGUCUUUUCUUUACCACCCUUUUCUACCAUUGAGACUGCUAUGGGUGAAGCUAUGUCACGCAGGGUAAGGGGUGUGUUCAAUGCUGCAAACUUCUGGGCCAUUGUCCUCUACAAUGUUCUGUCCCUUAACAGUUUGGAGUUUGCCAAACUGGUGGGCAAAAGACUGAUUUUUAAAGGUUUCCCUGUCUCUACUGUGUCAGUGUUAUUUGUGACCUACUGUGGAGUGCAGCUGGUAAAGGAGAGGGAGCGACAAAUAGCCCUGUUGGAGGAUCCAGAGCCAGUGAAACCAGUGGAUGGUGGCAAAGAAAAAGCAGAAUAAACAGACAGAGAUAUUGGGUUGUUGAGUCUUGAAGUUUAAAAAAAAGCAGAACAAAGGGACAAAGAAACACAGACUAAAGGGCUGGCAGCACCCUCACAUUUCGCAUCUACAGUGUGGUAUUACAAACUGAAUUUAAAACUGUUUGGAAUAAUCAUCAUCAGUAUUGUUCAUAUACCCUUGCUUUGAACUGUGAAAUAUACUCAGGUGCACUUGCUGUAGAUACAGUAAUCUACCUAGGAACAAAUCCACCAAAAGUGCAGUCUAUGUUUAUAGUUUAACUGAACAAAAGAUUGUUUUGUUUGUUUUAAAAAGAACUAAAAACGAAAGUAAGAAAGGGUGCUGUUAAACUUAAUAGAAUAAUUUGUGUCAGUGCUGAGGGAAAAGACUGUUUUAACAAACUUGUCAUUGUAAGGUUUUUAUUAUGUUGAGCUUGACUUGGAAUAAAGUUUUCCUGGUAUUAAAAUGA